CACAGUCAUUCGUCGGCUUUCAUUCAGUGGAUAGUUCACAGAGAGAACAGCCUCCAAUACAAUGAAACUUUUAUUGGUUUUGGCCCUCGUGGCAUUUGUUAGUGCUGAUGUAAAGCACUUGUUUGAUAGCAGCGACAAUUUGAAAGCAGAUGGUUACGUUUACCCAACACCCAAGGUGCCCUUCGGCACUACCCGGAAACCAACUACACCAAAGGCUACUGUGAGGUCUAAUGAUCCAGUAACUAAGAAGCCUAAGGGUUAUGACUACCCUAAACCCGAAAUUGUUUUCCCGCCAGUCGUCAAACCACCAACUCCAGUUGUGACCAAGAGCCCCCCAAAACCCCGGGUAACCACCCCCAAACCCGUCAACAAAAAUUACUUGCCACCUGAAGUCAAGCCACCAACUCCAGUUGUGACCAAGAGCCCCCCAAAACCCCGGGUAACCACCCCCAAACCCGUCAACAAAAAUUACUUGCCACCUGAGGUCAAGCCACCAACUCCAGUUGUGACCAAGAAAACCCCAAAACCCACUCCACCAGCCCCCAAAACGACAGCUCCUACGAAGCCUGUGAAGCCUACAGGUUACGACUACCCUAAGCCCGAAAUUGUUUUUCCACCAGUCGUCAAGCCACCAACUCCACUUGUGACCAAGAGCCCCCCAAAGCCUACGCCCAAGAUUAACACCCCCAAACCUAAGCCAACCACCCCCAAACCCGUCGACAGAACUUACUUGCCACCUGAUGUAAAGCCCGCACCUCCAGUUGUGACCAAGAGCCCCCCAAAGCCCACGCCCAAGGUUACCACCCCCAAACCUAAGCCAACCACCCCCAAACCCGUCGACAGAACUUACUUGCCACCUGAUGUAAAGCCCCCACGUCCAGUUGUGACCAAGAGCCCCCCAAAGCCCACGCCCAAGGUUACCACCCCCAAACCUAAGCCAACCACCCCCAAACCUAAGCCAACCACCCCCAAACCCGUCGACAGAACUUACUUGCCACCUGAUGUAAAGCCCCCACGUCCAGUUGUGACCAAGAGCCCCCCAAAGCCCACGCCCAAGGUUACCACCCCCAAACCCGUCGACAGAACUUACUUGCCACCUGAUGUAAAGCCCGCCACUCCAGUUGUUCCCAAACCCGUUACCAAGGCUCCCACACCCAAACCCAAACCCGUCACCAAGGCUCCCACACCCAAACCCAAACCCGUCACCAAGGCUCCCGCACCCAAACCCAAACCCGUCACCAAGGCUCCCGCACCCAAGACACCCGCUCCCGAAUAUCUCCCCCCAAAGGAAGGCUACGUCUAUCCCAACAAUCCCCAACCCCCCUUCAUAUUCUAAGUCCUCAAAACUGUGAGCCACCAACAGCACAGCCAAGCACUUUGAUGUGCCAAUAGUCGAACAAAUUUAUUACAUUUAUUGCAUAGUUUAAGCGCCCCUGUUUUUUCUUUAUAUAAUAAUAAUAAUAAUGAUAAUAAUAUUUUUUUUUAUAAAUAUUUAAAUUGUUUACAAAAAAAAAAAAACACAAACGAGAAUAAUGCCAUAUUGUUUUGAUGCUAAACGGUUUUAGAACAAAGUAACGGAUUUUUUGGUAUCUUUUCUAUGCAAAGAACCAAACAAAUCGAAGAAGAAAAACAUCGAAAAAUAAAGAAAUU